AUGGCAUGGGGAGGCGUACGGCUUUCUCGUAAAGAAUCCGUGUAUUCUCAAGCAUCCCAGCUUAUCAAAGGAGUUGCACCAUUCGAUGAAAAAUUGUGGAAUAAUGAAUACCAAGCUAAAGAUGCUGACUACAACUUGGGUGUCCAUAUUGCCAAUGAGCUGUCGUUCACAUCCUCGUUUACCGAUCGACAGAUUGACGAUUUUGCUCCCGACAACUGGUGGAACAGGCUAGGCACAGAUUCUUUUGGCAACGCUCGUCAAACAGCCAGAAAGGACAAAGAUCAAAAAAAACUUGUAUCGGAAAUAUCACCGCAUCCAGCAGAGAAGGAUGAGGCUUCGCAUAGUGACGACGAUGAAUUUCAGACUAUGGAAACUCCACCAAGGCUGAGAAGCCCCAGUCGUAGCAAAACCAAACAUGAUAACCUUCACAAGUCUCCUAAGUCUAUAGGGAGAAGUCAUGUCGAAUCAGAUCAAGAUUCAGUAGAAGAAAGCCUUGAAACCCCCACGAGCUCUAAAAAUAGGAGUAAACACAAAACAAACAUUGCAGGCCAUCCCCCCAAAAAGAAAGUACAGGCGUCGAGUUCCGCUGAAACCACUGCUUCUGAAGAAGAUGGAAAUUACGUUCGCUCAGCAUCAAGGCAUAGGUCGAAAUCCAAGGGCCUCGGAAAUAUCGGUGGUAGACAUCCCCCGAGACGGAAACAAUCACUGAUGGAAUUAGCAGGAUCCACACAAUCUGAAGCUGAAUAUGAAGCCCCAACUAAUCCAAAAACAAUCUCAAAAACUAGGGGAAGUCUUUGGGCCAUCGGCGGGAAGAAAAAGACGCAGAGACCAUUUCAGGAAAGUCCGAUCGGAUCCACGGCAUCUGAUAUUUCUGAUGCCCCCGGAACAACGCCAAAUUCAAAUCCAACGAAGCAAACUGUCGACAACGACACGCCCACAGAAUCGGAAAAUGAAGCCGAUCUAUCUACUUCGCGACCAGUUCAACAUACACUACCAGAGCCCAACGUACCGACAUCCUCUCCACCGUUAAAGCCACAAUCUGAAUCCCGUGGCAUAGGGGCAAUUGGUCAGAUAGGUGGUAAGAAGAAACAGCCCGAACCCAGCUCACCUUCAAGUGAACCUAAAACUGCUAAACCAAGACAUCUCAACGACGAUCAUGAUGGGAACGGUGAUGAAAGGGAAUCACCACCAGUGUUCCUCCCCGGCCCCGCAAAACUUAAACACCAAGGUGGCAAGCUGGGGAUGAUUGGCGGCCGUGGGGCGCCCGCUGCAUCAAACUCACGUAAGGAACGAUCGCGAAGCCAGGAGGUGCCAGAGUUGUCACCGCCCCCUAAACCUGCAAUGGCUCCAGGAGAUUCAGACCAACCACGAGCAGAGCUUGGAGAGAAAGAGGUGGAAGCUAAACAGGAAAUAAAAGACGAAACUCCGGAGGAACGAGCAAACCGGAAACGAGAGGAGUUGAGGAAACAGCUGGAAGCGAGAAAUAAAAGUGGAGGUACUAGGCCUGGUGUCGGUGGACCAGCGAAGAAGAGGAGGCGGUUUUAA